GAGUUCGGAUUUAGAACUCUGGCGUUAAGGCUGCCGAGGGAUCUGAUUGGCUGAGAUGACCGGGGUCCGGUCUCUUCAAUGGGCCAAAGAAGGCGGCUCUCCUCCUCGGCGUGAGCCUCUGAAUGACCGGCAAGAAGAGGUCGGAGGAGCAGCAGCCCCAGAGACCCCCCGCCAGACGCACCGCCCUGGAGGACCCCCGGGAGCCCCGCGAGGAGACCCGGCCGCAGGCAGCACAGAGGCCUCCAGAACCACCUCCAGCUCAAGCGUGGAGGGACCCCAACACCAUGGGUACACCAGCCUCUAUAGCCUGUGAUCUGCCACAGCAUCAGACCCCCAAAUCCCGCACUCGCAAGAGAGCAUCUGCCAAUAUCUUUCAGGGGGUGGAUCUAUGGCAGUUGCGCCGUCUCUUCCACAGCAGUGGAGAUACAGAGGCAGAGGAGCGGGCUCAACUUGUCUGGGAGUGUGCAGAGAACAGGUGCAUUACUCAGGCUUUGCAACAACUCCACAGAAGGCAUAGGAAACGGAGGCUGCAAUCCCACCUGAGGCCUCCUUCGGAAAAAGACAGCACUACCAGACUCCUAGAAUUACAACAUUUCAAUCGUUUACGGAUUGAAGACUGUACCACAUAUUGCACUGAUCUUGAUAAGAGCAGCAAUCAUGAGGAGACAGAGGAUGCUGAUCGAACUGGCCAUUAUGCUGCUUCCCAGUACAGGAAAAAAAGAGGAAUGGGAGCUACAGGCUACCUCCACCGCCUCCACCGGUGAGCAACUGAACCCAGACCUCACACCAAUACAUACAACUGUCACUAUAUGGGGGCAGGAGAAGUCUGAAAUUCAGCUCUGCUGUUUAACAAGUUCCAGCUGGAAAAGAAUCUUUGAGACAAGAUUAGCUCUCCUCCUUUGAGUUCGGUCAUGGCAGAGAAAAUUGAAAUCAGCCCUCUUUACCUCAGUCACUUCCAAUUGUUCAGAAUUGCACAAACACUACAGCUACUGACUGCAAACAGCCACAUGUAAUAAAUCGUAUGUGUGUAUAUACAUA